GCCUGGGCUCGCGCUGCUGUCCCCAGACUCCGGCUGCUGUCCCAGGCUCACCAGCUGCUGUCACCAGACUCCUGGCUGCUGUCCCCAACCGUUGCUGUCCCUGACCCAGCAGGAUGACCGAACGCCGUGUGCCCUUCUCACUGCUACGCAGCCCCCACUGGGAGCCCUUCCGUGACUGGUACUCAGUCCACAGCCGCCUCCUAGACCAGCCGUUCGGGAUGCCCCGGCUGCCCGAGGAGCUGGCAGCCUGGCUGGGCACUGGCGCCUGGCCCGGCUACGUGCGCCCUCUGCCUGGGCCGGUGGGGGAGACUGCCCCGGUGCCCGCCCUCAGCCGUGCACUCAGCCGCCAGCUCAGCAGUGGGGUAUCCGAGAUCCGCCACACGUCUGACCGGUGGCGGGUGGCGCUGGAUGUCAACCACUUUGCCCCCGAGGAGCUGACAGUCAAGACCAAGGAUGGUGUGGUGGAAAUCACGGGCAAACAUGAAGAGAGGCAAGACGAACACGGCUUCAUCUCUCGGUGCUUCACACGCAAGUACACGCUGCCCGCUGGUGUGGACCCCACGCUGGUGUCGUCGUCCCUGUCCCCCGAGGGCAUGCUGACUGUGGAAGCGCCCCUGCCCAAGCCCGCCACUCAGUCCUCGGAGAUCACCAUCCCCGUUACCUUUGAGUCACGUGCCCAGCUGGGGGGCCCUGAGGCUGGCAAAACUGACUGAUCCCGGGAGCCAAGGGGAGGCCUCCCCGCCACAGCCCUCCAGAUCCCAACCCCCACCCCCAAGCCCUGGGCCCGUCCAGCCGGCGGCUCUUUUGAUACGUGUCUGCCUUCUGAUUUUCACAAAUAAAGUUGGAGCGACUGUC